UUCUAUGGCGAUGGCGGCUUUGCUCCCCGCGCAUGCACGGCCAUCUCGGCGGCUUCCGGCGCGCCCGAGGCGACGGCGGGGUUGCGAUGGAGCGGUUCGGGCCCGGACCCGUGAGUGCCGUGCCGGUGGCCGAGUUCAGGCCAAAUGAGGGUACAUUAACAUCGACUUUAAGAACACUUCUGUUCUUCACAGCUCUAAUGAUUACAUUACCUGUUGGACUGUAUUUUUCAUCAAAGGCUUAUGUAUUUGAAGGUUCCUUGGGAAUGUCUGACAGAGACAGCUAUUUUUAUGCUGCCAUAGUUGCUGUAGUCACUGUCCACGUAGUACUUGCUCUCUUUGUUUAUGUAGCCUGGAAUGAGGGUUCACGGCAGUGGCGCGAAGGCAAACAGGACUAAAAUGAAGAUCAUCAGUGCCUGAUGUCCACAGACUGUAAAUCAGAUGUUUUGUGAGCUGAAGGAAGAGCAUUCUUCUAAAUGUAUAAUACACAUGCACAGACGAGGCUGAUGCUUCAGUUGUGGUUAAAAUAAGAUUUGUACUUACUUGA